UUGAACAAAACAGGCUCUUAAUCCCACAAUAAUCGGCUCUGUUCCCCCCCACACCCAAUAGCAGCUCUUUAAAACACGAAACUGGUGCAGAAUAUUUUCAACUAAAAUGGAACACGUGCGAGAAACAGCAGCAGACAUUAUCGUGUAAACACGCGCCGUACGAUGCACGUUUGGAAUGUUUUUACCAAAUUGGUCUUCAACAUGUAAAUAAAAGCUUCGGUGAAAGCAAUAUUUUGAUGCGCCCACCAAUAGCAUCAGUCACCACAAUUCACAUACCAACAAAAUCUAACGUUCCUCUGCCCCCAUAACGAAUAAAUAUCUACUUUCAUCCACGCGCCGCCGCGCUCUUCCCGUCGUUCAUGGGUGCUGUAGAACCUGUAGUUGACGAGGAAAAUGGAGAAAAGGAGACGAAGAUACGAGAUGAAGAAGAGAGAGAUGUGGAGAAAGGUGAUAUGGAUAGUCAACAAAGGGGAUUUCAAGGUCAGCCUCCCCCGCCGCCGCCGCCGGCAGAAAUAGGCGGUGAGAAUUUUCACAUGUCGAGAAUGCAAAGAUUGAGUGCUACGAAUCCUUUGAGGCUUGUGAUGAAUGCCGGAACUAGAGUUGCUUCUCCUUCUCCUUAUAACGCUCCGGCACCUUCUCAACAUCGUCAGCACCGUUCUUUUCCUAAUCCAUUUCACCACCGCCAUCCUCCGGCUCCGGUGCCGGCGCCGGCGCCGUCUCAGUACCGCCAUUCUCCGGUGCCGGAGCCGGUUCCGGUUCCAGCUCCGUCUCAGCACCACCCUUCUCCGGCUCCUUCUCAGACUCGUUCAACCCCUGCUGUUACCCCUCAAGUAUGUUUCUGAGCUUAACAUAGAAGGGCGUGUUAGGUACAAUGGAAAACAUUUUUCUAAAAUGAAAAUACCUUCAGUAAUAACACUGAAUUCAAGAUCCUACACAAACAAGUUUUCACUUUUUCUGUUCCUUGUACACAUGAUUGGUGCAAUUGGUCUAGUUUGUUUUCUUGUAUUCAAAGGGAUACAAGGUCUACUAGAAGCAGGGGAAGCACAAAGAAAAGAAAAGAGGCUAUUAAAGUUUUUUCUACCACAAGUAGAAGCAGCUUCUUUACUUAGCAUAACACUAGCAUUUACAUGGCAAAAGGCAAUGAGAAUGUGGCCAACAUUCAUGGUUCAUUUCGUACUUUGGGGUUCGUUUAUCUUCACAUUAGCAGCUGGAAUCCUAUUAAUUUGCUUCCAAAGACCAUCAACUGAUGGUGUUGGAGUUGUGUUAGUCAUGUUUGCAAUUGGAAAUGGACUGUAUUCUUGUUGGGUGACACCAAGAAUUAAGUUUUGUACAAAGAUUCUAAUCAAAUCACUUGAACCUGUACCUAAAUUUGGCGAUUUGAAUCAUCCAACUUAUCUAACAUUAGCUGCUGGAUUCUUAUGGAUGUCAAUGUGGAUUUUGGCUGUGAUUGGGGCUAUAAAUUUCUAUUUCCCACCAUUGGUUAUCAUCGGGUUGGUUUUGAGUAUGGCUUGGGUUACUGAGGUGAUGAGGAAUGUGGUGAAUUUGACAGUGAGCAGAGUGAUUGGGCUGUAUUAUCUUAGAGGGAUGCAAUCUAGUACACAAUUUUGUUUCCAGAGGGCAUUGUCUGUGAAUCUUGGAAGUGCUUGUCUUGGUUCUUUGUUUGUUCCUACAAUUGAAGUUCUGAGGGUUGUGGCUCGUGCGUUGAAUUUGCUUGAAGGUGAAGAUGAGUUCAUGUUUUGUUGUGCUCAUUGUGGAUUGAAAAUCAUGGAUUCUAUCUUCAAGCGUGGCAAUGGCUGGGCAUAUGUGCAGAUUGCUACGUAUGGUAAGAGCUUUGUGAAGGCAUCUCAAGACACAUGGGAGCUAUUUGAAAAAAGAGAAAUGGAGACAAUUGUAGAUUCAGACAUGACAAGUGCCAUUUGCUUCUUGACUGGAGUUUGUAGCGGUUCUAUUUGUGUUAUUGUGAUUGGUGCUUGGACUUUCACUGUUUAUCCCAAUUUCACAGCCACAUUGUCCCUUUUAUCUGCCUACGUUGGUUACCUUAUGACGAGGAUUGCGAUGGCUUUGCCUCAUGCUUGUGUGAGUAGUUACUACGUUUGUUAUGCUGAGAAUCCAGAUAACAGACUUUUUGACAAGACUAUUCAAGAGCGACUCAAUUUAAUGAAGACAGAUCGUGAUGUUAUUGUGCCAACUCCUAGAUCUGUACCUUCUCGAUUCGCACGGUAACACCAUUUUUUUUUUAACCUACUUACCAUCUGAGCAAUUCCAUUCCAGUAGAAUGUAUAUAAGAUUAAUUUUUUGUCAAACAUAACCAUAUGUUAGAUGAUCAAUUUAUUGUAAGGACCAAAAGGUUCAACUGUGAAAUAACUUUCAAGUUGGAGUGCCCACUCAGAUUUCCCCAACAAGAAGAGGCCACAAUGAGGUGUAUUUAUGGUCCUGUCCUUUUGUAUUUAUAUAAUAAUUGAUAUACUUUGGCAUAUUGUACUGUCGUGAUAAGGACCCACCACUAGUUUAUUGUCAACAUCUUAGUUUGGUAAACCUAAUGUUAUUUAAUUAAAUUACAUUUCAUUCUUUACGUAAUCAUGUAAAGUUUGAA